GGACAUGGAGCAAGAAGAUAAAGAGGAGGUAGAGUUAGAAAAGGAUAUCAACAGCAAAGUGAUGGCCAUGAAGCAAGAAGACUUCAUAAUUUCGUCUUUUGAGAAUAUGGCAGGGCAUAGAGUUAGACGAAUGAAGAACCUUGGGAAUACCUGUUACUUUAACUCAGUCUUGCAAAAUCUUCUGUCCAUUGAUCGGUUAAGGGUCAGUUUGCAAAUCUGUUCUCCAAAGUUGGACUGUGCAGAUCGCCCUAUUACCAGGAAUUUGUGGAGUCUUUUCCUCAAUGCUGAUACUACUAAUGAUGCUUUUGAUCAAUUAUAUCUUACAAGUCUCUUAGAUUCUAUACGUUCAAUAGCACCAGAGUUCCGUGGCAACCAACAGCAGGACAGUCACGAAUUUCUCAGGCGUUUCCUUAAUGGUCUCCAGGAAGAAGAAAAUGGUUGGGUGAAGGAUAUUUUUGAAGGCAGUCUUUCUAGUACUGUAACAUGUGAUCAUUGUGGGCAUAUUUCGAGAAAAAUUGAACCAUUUCUUGAUCUUUCUCUGUCUCUUCCUUCAACUGAAAGUGAUGGAGUUGUUAGAUCCAAGGAACAUGUUUUUCCUGCAAGAGAAGUGGGAGACCAGGACGACCAAAUUACUUCAGGAUUUUUUGAAUAUAGAAAUACUGGUCCAAGGUCCUUUAUAUUGCGGAAACGUAAAACAUGCAGUGUCUUAGCAAUGGAUAACAUGGACCUGAAUGUGCAUGAUGGAGAUGCAAAUAAAGGAUAUAAUGAAUAUCAAAAAGAUAUUUGUGGAAAACGCCCUUCUGAAUUCAAUCGAGAUUCAGGGGAAGGUGUUGAAUUAGUUGAAAGUCAUCAGAAAAAAGUAGAAGAUCUAGGAGAAGUAGAAGACCCAGAAGAAGGAGAUGACCCGGAAGAGGAAGUAGAAGACCCAGAAGAUUGCUGUGGACAUCAUCCUUGUAUAUGCAAUAAGCAUAUUGCUGCUGCAUUGCCUGAAUGCCGACAGAAUGACCAAAUAAAAGAAAAAGAUGAAGAUCCAGAAACAGAAGAGGAAGAAGACGCAGAAGAUUGCUGUGGGCAUUAUCCUUGUAUAUGCAAUAAGGAUUCAGGUGAAACUGCUGCAUUGCCUGAAAGCCAGCGAACAGGCCAAAUAAAAGAAGACCCAGAAGAUUGCUGUGGGAAUCAUCCUUGUAUAUGCAAAAAAGACUUAGGCGAAAUUGCUGCAGCACCAGAAAAAGACAAAGAUCCAGACGCAGAAGAGGAAGAAGACCCCGAAAAUUGUUGUGGGCAUCAUCCUUGUACAUGCAAUAAAGACUCAGGUAAAAUUGCUGCAGUAACAGAAAAAGAUGAAGAUCCAGACAUAGAAGAGGAAGAAGACCCAGAAGAUUGUUGUGGGCAUCAUCCUUGUAUAUGCAAUAAAGACUCAGGUGAAAUUGCUACAGCACCAGAAAACCUGCAGAAAGACCAAAUAAAAGAAGAAAAAGACGAAGAUAUGGAAGCAGAAGAGGAAGAAGACCCAGAAGAUUGCUGUGGACAUCAUCCUUGUAUAUGCAAUAAGGAUUCAGUUGAAAUUGCUGCAUUGCCUGAAGGCCAGCAGAAAGACCAAACAAAAGAAGACAAAGAGGAAGCUGACCCAGAAGAGCCAAAUGGUUGCUGCGAAAAGCAAGUAUUGGUGAGUAACGAAGAAGACCUGCAAGAGAACCAAGGGAACUUAACAGUAGAAGAGUUUACUUUUGCUUUUGAAGAAGCAUGGAAAAAUGACAAUCUGGAUUUUUAUAGAGCAGUGCUCUCUGGUCCUGAGGUAUCAAAUGUGCAGGAUGAAGGCGAAUCUCUUAUUAGAAAGAGAAGAUGCAAAGACCUAGAGCCUAUCCUUGAUUUUACAGAUGGAAUGCAGAGUGCUGACACAAAUGGUAACAAUUUAACAAUUGAGAGGUGCUUGGAAUUGUUCACAGAACCAGAGCCUGUUGAAUAUACAUGCGAGCAUUGUCCCAAUCGUUUUCAACCCCCAUAUGAAGGACGAGGUAAAAGAAAAGGAAAGGGAAAAGGAAAAUUAAAACCAGAAACAUCUGAUUCAAACAGGAGACUCGAGAUGGGGGGCAAGAGAACGUUACUUCUCGCAAGGAUUCCACCUAUCCUAACGAUUCACUUGAAAAGAUUCAAACAAGAUGCACAUGGCACCAUCUUGAAAAUAGAUAACCACAUUAAAUUCAAAGAAAUGCUUGAUCUUACACCAUAUGUGGAUCCUAGUUAUAAGGAUAAAGAGUUAAGGUAUCGUCUGAUUGGUGUUGUGGAGCAUUUGGGAACAUUUUCAGCUGGUCAUUAUGUUGCAUAUGUAAAGGGAGUGCUAAGAGAAGGCAAUUGCCCUGUCUGGUUGAAGGCUAACGACAAUAGUCCAGUUCGUGAGGUUUUACCGAAGGAAGUCCUCAAAAGCAUGGCCUACAUUUUAUUUUUUGAAACAAUGCAAGAUUAAGGAAUAAGGUACGUACAUUUACAUAACCGACUAGUCUUUUGGGAUAUGAUGUGAAUAUUAUAGAUGUAGGUUUAUGAUGUAUGCUUGUUGGUGGUUAUAUGACCAAAAUAGAACAGUUUUGUGAAAUUUUGAUUGUAAAUAUUUGCAUGUUGGCUUUAUUAGCAAAAUAGAACAGCUCUAUGAAGUUUUAGUAGGAAA